UAAAGGAUGAAGUAUGCUGAAAAACUGCACUGUAGUUCCUCAACACUUCUAACCUUAACAACCAAUUUUUAGAAUGGAAGCUGAGGGGAUAGACUGGGACACCAUACUGAAUCUCUUCCCUACAGAGGAUACAGAGGAACAUCAAGAACAGAGAAAUGAGAUGUGGUUCUUGUUCAACGUAAACGAGAACCCUGGGUUGACCAUCUUCGAGCUGGAGAAGGGAAUUGUACAGAUGACACAGACAGGCGAUAUUUUUGACAGUGAAAGAGCGAUUAAUGAUGCUUUCGAACAUGCUAAGAACGCCAAACUGGACAAAGCAGAAGGUAUGGAGGAAAUGUUGGAUAAAGAUCAGUUUAAUCUCUUCCUGCGAUCCAUCAGGAUGAUCUUUGAGUUCUAUCAGGCCUUCAAUUGGAUAGAUUCUGACGGAGAUCAUAUAAUUACAAAAACAGAAUUCACAUCCCAGGAAGUUGAGAAGGUCAUUGAGAGCUGGUUGGGAGAAGAUAGUUUGGGGGGUUCGCAGUUUGAUUCUAUUGAUCUGACAAACAAAAAUGGAGAGGAGAAAAUUACCUUUUGCGAAUUUCUGGAUUGGGCUCUGAAAAGAAAUAUCAUUCAUCAGGGAAGUUUUGGAGUAGCUGUGGCUGAAUGAUUUAUAAUCUAUGGCCUCUUAUUAUCAUUUUGUUUCAUUAAAUUUCUAAAAAAUGAUGUUUGUUUUCAAGAUUUUCAAAUCUUCUUAUAUUUGGAAUUACACCCAAAAAUUUAAAAUAUUUCGCAAUUAGAUAAUUUAGAGUUUUCAUUAUUGAAUUACCAUAAUUUAUAAGGUUAUUUCAAUGUUGUAUUAUAUAAAGCACAUGAUUUAUAAAAGAAGUAAAAAUUUAAAAAUAAUUAUUUGAAAAUUUGAAAAAUCCAUUCGAAUAAUAAACACAAUUUGUAAUAAAUUAAGCAACGUCA